AUGAAUUAUAAAGAUUGCUGUCGAACAUGCCUUGGUGGCGAUAAAGAGAUGCGCCACAUGCACACGAAGAUUUCAGUUGCAGGCGAUAAAGUUCGUUUAUCAGAUAUUUUAGUUAAUUUUUAUAAUUAUAAGAUACCUGAAGAUCCCUUACUACCGGUGAAUAUUUGUAUUAACUGUGUACAUCAACUUACCAUAACUUAUUCCUUCAAAAUUCUUAUAGAGUCAAGUGCUAAAACUUUAAGUGAAAGUAAUUUAUUAGAUUGUUCCAAAAGUGAAAAUUUUGAUUACAGUUUAGAAUCAGAUGAUCAGAAAGUUAUUAAGGAUAUAAAGAGACGUCACAUAAAAAGAAAAGUACCCCAUAAAAUACAAAAUAGUGCAAAGUAUGUCAACCAAACAAAAGAGUUAUAUUGUGUUGAAUGUAAAGCAAAGUUUAAUUCUGUCAAAUUUUUAAAUGAACAUUGCAUGAACAAUCAUCCAGUUAAAAACGUUGUGGGAAGAGACUGUGAGUUUUGCAAUGAGAAAUUUGAGGAUUUUCGCUCUUUAGUACUUCAUAGAAAAUUACACUUAAAGCCAUUCCUAUGUGAAAAUUGUUGGGAAGGUUUCUACAGCACAAAUGAACUGCAUUCCCAUUCUUGUCAACCAAAUGUAGAUAUUAAAGAUAAAAACAAAUCAGAAAGGGUGUUACGACAAUGUGAUCAAUGUGGAAAAGCAUAUCCACCAGGUUACAUUCGGAUUCAUAUGUUAACACAUAGCAAUAAUCGACCUUACAGUUGUAAAUUUUGCCCAAAGAAAUUUAAAGUGCCUGGGGGUCUACAUUCACAUGUCCUUUGGAAUCAUAAGAGAACUAGGAACUAUAAAUGUGAGAAACUCCUAGUCAAUCUCAACAAUCAACACGAAGAAAUCAGGGCCGUAGUAGGGGCAGAGCACGUGGCCGAGGCAGUGCAAAUUUACGAAGAGUGUGCGCUAGGAUCACUUUUAAAUCAAGUAAACUUUGGCGUGAAAUUCUUAAACAACUACUAUGGAAAUGAAUCAUCAGAAAAUGCUGUAUCAUUGUUAAAAAUGACAAAAACACAUCCGAGUUUACUACAAAGACUUUCAAUGGUUAAUGAACCAAAACCAAAGAAGAAAAAAGAUGUUGAAACACUCUUAAAGAAACAAUUCGGAGAUAAUUGGAUGGAUAAUCAAGAGCUUGAUUGGUUUAAAAACAAUAUAUUCCAUACCUCACCAGUGGCAAUUGCUGAAACAAGUCAAAUAAAUGACGAAGACGAUGACCACAGUGAAGAUUGUGACUGUUGUGAACCAGAUGUGGGAGAAUUCGUAUAA